AUGUUCGUCAAGGAAGACAUCUAUCCAGCGUCGCUCACCGCCGCCGGCCAGUGGAACAGCUACGAGUGGUGCCCCACGGCUGGACCGAUGCCGCCGAAUUGCGCGCCGCGCCCCAUUGCAGGCUCCAACUACUACCUGUCUCCCGACGUCCACGAGGAGGAAAACUACUUGAUCCCUGAGCCGUCAAUCUACCUGCCCAGCUGCCAGUACCGUAGCCACGAUUUUGAUGGGCGCGAUGCGUGCUUGCCGCUCGAAAUUUACGUCGCCCCCAAGUUCUACACCGCAUACCGUCUGAGGUCGCCGCCAUACGCCAAGCUGCUGAGCAACGAAGACACGCUCAACUUGAAAUGGCGCGCACCGACUACUACCGGCAACAACGAGAGGACGGUCUGGUACCCAAAGUGCCUGAUCGUCGACAAGGACAAGCUGCUGCCGCAGCACCUGGCUCUGUUCGAGAACAACACCUUCCUCGACUGCAAGAAGAACCCCUUCUAUCUCUGGGGGCCACCGCAGCAGAGGGAUGCGCUCUCCAUCAAGGCGGAAGCGUGCAAGAACGCGGAUGAUGCCAAAGCGCGGUUCUGCAUGGCGGAGGAGAGCGUAGAUCCGAAUUUGGAGCGCAGCAUCCACCAGACGGAACCGACCUCGGCGCCUUCCGGCGGCGACGACGCGCCCAUCGACAUCGUACCGCUCAUCGCCACUGGCCUGCUAUCAAUUCUUCUUGUCGGCGGAGGGCUCACCGGGAUCGUUGCACUACUCCGAAUGCUCGCCUACGAAAAUGGCCUGGUCAAAGCCAGGAAGGCUGAAGCUGAGGAUCGCACCUCGUGCGGCGUCUUCAAAGCCGGCAAAGCGUUCGGCCGAAACGUUGGCUGGAAAAACGGCUGGGCGGACCCGUUGCACGACCAGCACAAGAAGCGCAUGGCGGAAUACACCAAGGGGCUGCGCGUCAAAAACCGAGAGCUGAUGGCGCUCUCCAAGGGGAAGACCGGCACCGAUGCAGAAGCCGCCGAGGAGGAGAGCAGCCCGGCGCCAUCCGCUGCGCCGACCCCAGCUGCCGAAUCGCCCACCACGCCCUCCACCUCUGCCCCCGCCCCCCUUGGCAAUAUGAGAGAUGAGGGCGACGACGCGGCUGGAGUAGCCAUACUCGUUGUCGUACCACGCGGCAGCUUGACGAAGUGCGGGUUGAGGCUGAUGCACGCUCCGGCAUCGAAGAUGGACGAGCGAGUGUCGCCGACAAAGUCGGUGGACACAACC